CAAUGUUUCACUUUAUAACAGCUGGCCUCGCCCACAUGUUCAAAUAGUUGUUAACCAACAAUAUUUGCGUUUUGAUUACAAUCGCUGGAAAAUCAAAUACGCUUGCCAGCCAAGCAAACAUAAACGAUAUUUGGAUUAAACUCGUCGGCAUACAAAACGUAUUAAAUAAAAGCAACGCUCAUAGGUGCACUUGCAGUCAGUCUAAAACCUUCGUCUACUCAAAAUGCAACACUGCAAGUUUCUAGUAUGUCUCACCGCAUUGGUCAACAACUACAGCCUUGUCAUCGACUUUGUAACAUAUAGGCACAGUGUGAAUCCUUUGGAAGGCAUAAUAAUCUUUGAAACGAAAGAAUUCGCUAGCGAUGGCAUAAUACAAGAGCUGCAUCAGCGUCUACAUAUACCGCAGGUUAUUGUGAAAAAUGUGACAACACCAAAUAUAAAAAAAUUUAUGAGUAUGAAAAGCAUCGCUUUGAUCUUCAUGGAAAGGCUUGACAAAUCGCAUACAUGGACAUUAGUUGCUGAAAGUUUACAUCAUCAUUCCUACAUACCGAUGAUUUUUCUUAGCCAAACUGUACCACGGCUGGAUGAACAGUUAAGAUUCUUCAACUAUUUCAGACAACAAAAUAUGCUCAAUACGGUUAUGUUGUUUCGCAUGAAUAACACACUGAUGGUACGCACGGCUAUAGCUUACCCUAAAACGCAGAUAAUCGCUGUGGAUCCCAGUAACUUCAGUGGUUUUGUCUGGCCAAAAUAUCGGAAUGUGUUCGGUUAUAAUUUUCAGUUGAGCUAUUUCAACGAUACGCCGAUAGUUUACAAACAAGUGACGAACAAUCGCACUGAACUGCGUGGUCUUAUUGGGAAUGUGCUAAACAUCCUCAUGAAACGUAUAAAUGGCACUUUCACAGUAUUUGAUUUACCAAUGAAUGAAUCUAUGAUGGAUAUGAUCGAUAUGACAGCCAAUCUAGUCUCACGUACCGAUCUAAUUCAUCCUGCCAUGGAACGUAGCUAUCCGGUAUUUCAAACAAAGGCUUGCAUAAUGGUACCCUUCGAAUCUGGUAUACCGUUGAGUUGGUAUCUCUUGUAUCCUUUCGAUAGUCUCACAUGGCAACUACUUGGUUUUCAUUUUAUUUUAAUCGUUUUAUUAUUCAUCGUCAUUCAUCGCAAUUAUAGACAUAGUUGCGAUCUUGUGCAACAUGUAUUAUUCGUGUUGAAAUUAUUUCUUGCACAACCGGUGUUUCUGCCCGGUAUUAGAAGCGUCACAAGAGGUGUGUUUCUUAUAUAUUUCGGUGGACUUUUCGUAGUUAUCGUGAGUGUAUAUGAGGGUAGUUUGACUUCGCUGUUUAGUACUCACGUUCGCAUGCCAGCAGUUCGCACGCCUGAGGAUCUGCUAAAAACCGAUUUAAAGAUUGCUAUUGCAAACAUCGAAAGAGAGCUUUAUUUCGCGGCCAAAUUAUUGCCGGCAUCACUCGAGUCGCGUGUAUAUAAUAUUGGAGAUUUCUCAGCAAUUGAGUCUUUGAAUGGCAGUAUUUCCUUUGCCUAUAUAAUGACCAGUCAUAAGUGGUUGUGGUAUGAGAAGCGACAAAAGCAUUUAGAAAUUCCAGUGUUUCGUAUCACCACCGGAAAUUUGUGUACGCCCAACAUACUACAGUGUUUUGCACUGCAAAAGCAUUCGCCUUUCGAAAGAAUGUUAAAAAUGAUCUCUCUCGAAUUGCAAGAAUUUGGUUUUGUUAAUCAUUGGUUGGCGCAAGUAAGUCCUGCGGCCAAAUUUCAGCUAAGCAACGAGACUGGUAUGACUCAGGUGCCUUUGAGCUUGGCACAUUUUACAUUGGGAUUCCAUAUAUUGUUUGUGGGUUGGCUUCUAGCAUUGUUUGCUUUUGUGGUCGAGUUGAUCAUUUGGAAACGGCAAGAGAUCUUCGCUUCGAGCAUCAUUUUACGGCUGAGAAAUGCUUGGAGGCAUGAAGUGGAAAUAUAAAAGGCAAGAAUAGCGAAUAAGGGUUACCGAACUGAUGAAGUAUACAAAGGGGAAAGGGGGGCAAUAAUGCGAUGGGUGGGAAAGAUAUGUAUAUAAAUGAAAGAGAGGAUGGGAAAAGGAAGUGAUAGCAAGUAAAGUUUAGGAUAAUAAUGGAGAAAAAUGAUAAAAGGAUAUAUAUACAUAUGGAUCAUGUAAAGAAAGAUGUAGAAAAAAUAAAAGAGAAAAUAUAAAAAAAAAAUCAGCAAACGAUGGCAAGAGAAGUGGAAAAAUAUGGAGAGAAAAAUAAAUGAAUAGUCAGCAGCGAAAAUUAAAAAUAGUAAGGUAUGAAAUAAAGAAUUAGACAGAAAGGGAGAGUUUUUCGAUCAUUUAUUAUUUUUUAAUUUUUUUUUUUAAUUAAAAUCACAUCCCAGCAGUAAUGUUUGUUUCAAUCAAACUGAUAAAUUAAAAAACGUUGGAAAAAAUAUAUUUCAUUUAAAGAUUUUAGAAACUC